AUGGCUAGUUUGAGUGGUUUCAGAAAUCAUCUGGGCACACCAACAAUUUCCAUCCACAUUACUUGUCUUCGUCCAUAUCAUGAUUGGAAGACAAAAUCCAAUCAUCCUAACCAAGUUAUUUGCUUCAAGACAAAGAAGCAAGAGGAGCUAUCAACUAAUUCAAAGAAUAUCAUCAAGAACAUCUACAAGGUAAUGCAUGGCCACCUUAAGAAAACGAAGAAGCAAGAGGAUGAUAAAUGCUUGUGGAAGAAGACCAUAUUAAUGGGGGAGAAAUGUCAACCAUUGGAAUUUUCAGGUGCAAUAUUUUAUGAUAGUGAAGGGAAUCAACUUUCUGAGCCACCAAGGACACCAAGGAUUAGUCCUUUACUUUCCCUUGGUAAAUCUAUGUCCCAAAUCAACUAA